AUUUUUUGAAUAAUUCAUUGAAGAUUUAUUUUGUAUUAAAUCGAGUACCGCCAUGGCCAUCGCCUAUUUCAUACCCGACCAGGCCCAAUUGCUGGCCAGAAGCUACCAGCAAAACGGCCACCAGGCAGCAGCGAGUCCUCGGACAACUGCAACACCUGCUGCACCUUCGCAGCAGCAGCAACAAUCGCAACAGCAGCAGCAUCAGCAACAGCAGCAACAACAGCGCCCACAAAUCCGUGCCAAUAUCUCCGUGCCGCUGGGAAGUCAACAGGGAUCGAUGACCAUGUCGGAGUUCGGAUGCUGGGACCUUCUGGCCCAGAUCUUCUGCUACGCCCUGAGAAUCUACAGCUACAGUUCCAGCCAGCGACGACCGACGGUCAUUCAGAUAUCCUUCGAAAUCAGCAGCGGCGGUCAGAACAACGACGAGGACGACGUGACCGAUGCCACCUCCACCUCCACCACCAAGGAGAACUAAAUUUGGUUUCCGUUUUUCAUCGAGGUGGAGAGAAAAUCUUUGGGAUUUUCUGGGAAAGGCAGGCUCAAUCAAAGCGCAUUGUGAUUUCUUUUUUGGAUAUGGACACAUGAGGAGGAACGAGUUUUGUAAAAAAUGGGAUAUUUCCACAACAAAAUAAGAAAACUAUUUUUAAACUAUUUUUGAGAGAGAGAAAAUUCAAAAUUUGUCAUCGAUUUGCUU